AUGGAGCGGUGCAGCCGCUGCCAUCGCCUCCUCCUGCUGGUACCGCUGGUGCUGGGGUUGAGCGCGGUCCCCGCCAGGGCAGGUGCACGCCCUGUGGAUGUGCUCCGGGCCCUGAGGUUCCCCUCCCUUCCUGAUGGCGUCCAGAGGGCAAGAGGCAUCUGUCUGGCUGAUGUGGCCUACCGAGUAUCCCGACCAGCCCAGCUCAGUGCACCCACCCACCAGCUCUUCCCAGGAGGUUUUCCCAAAGAUUUCUCAUUGCUGACUGCUGUCCGGACCCACCCUGGCCUCCAGGCUCCCCUCCUGACUCUCUACAGUGCCCAGGGUGUCCAACAGCUGGGCCUGGAGCUUGGCCGACCCUUCCGCUUCCUGUAUGAGGACCAGACUGGACGGCCUCGACCUCCGGCUCAGCCAGUCUUCCGAGGCCUCAGCCUAGCAGAUGGCAAGUGGCACCGUGUGGCUGUGGCUGUGAAGGGCCAGUCUAUCACCCUCAUAGUUGACUGCAAGAAGCGAGUCACCCGGCCUCUCCCCCGAAGUGCUCGUCCACUGUUGGACAUCCACGGAGUGAUUAUCUUUGGUGCCCGUAUCCUGGAUGAAGAAGUGUUUGAGGGUGAUAUCCAGGAGCUUGUCAUUGUCCCAGGGGUGCAAGCUGCUUACGAAUCCUGUGAACAGAAGGAGCUGGAGUGUGAAGGAGCAUGGAGGGAGAGACCUCAGAAACAACAGUCUCACAGGGCCCAGAGAUCUCCAAAGCAGCAGCCAUCAAGACUUCAUAGGCCACAAAACCAGGAACCUCAGCGACAGCCCACUGAGUCUUUCUACUAUGACUACGAGACCCACUAUUAUGAUGUGAGGACUGCAGGGACGACCCCUAAUUAUCAGGACCCCUCCCCAGGUGAAGAGGAAGGAAUCCUGGAAUCAAGCCCCUUGCCACCCCCUGAGGAGGAGCAGACAGAUCUCCAGGUCCCCUCCACAGCCGACAGGUUCCUGACAGAGGAAUAUGGGGAGGGUGGCACAGACCCCCCAUCAGGGCCCUACGAUUACACCUAUGGCUAUGGGGACGAUUAUCGUGAGGAGACGAAGCUUGGCCCUGCCCUGUCUGCGGAGACAGCCCCCUCGGGAGCCGCUGCCCGUGGACCCCGGGGGCUGAAGGGAGAGAAGGGGGAGCCUGCGGUGCUGGAACCUGGUAUGCUAGUGGAGGGGCCUCCUGGCCCAGAAGGCCCUGCGGGGUUGAUUGGUCCCCCUGGCAUCCAGGGCAACCCAGGCCCAGUUGGAGACCCUGGCGAGAGGGGCCCCCCUGGCCGAGCAGGGCUCCCUGGAUCGGAUGGGGCCCCUGGCGCUCCUGGCACAUCUCUCAUGCUCCCAUUCCGGUUUGGCAGUGGUGGGGGUGACAAGGGCCCUGUGGUGGCAUCCCAAGAGGCUCAGGCCCAGGCAAUUCUGCAGCAGGCACGUCUGGCGCUCCGGGGACCCCCUGGCCCCAUGGGAUACACAGGCCGCCCUGGACCCUUGGGACAACCUGGGAGCCCUGGCCUGAAGGGAGAAUUGGGAGACCUAGGACCUCAGGGCCCCAGAGGACCUCAAGGCCUCACAGGCCCUCCUGGCAAGGCUGGGCGAAGGGGCCGAGCGGGUGCUGAUGGAGCCCGAGGGAUGCCUGGAGAACCUGGAGUGAAGGGUGACCGAGGUUUUGAUGGACUCCCAGGGCUACCUGGGGAGAAGGGACACUGGGGUGAUACUGGUGCCCAGGGCCUUCCUGGCCCCCCUGGUGAGGAUGGAGAGCGGGGAGAUGAUGGAGAGAUUGGGCCUCGAGGACUGCCUGGAGAGUCGGGACCUCGAGGUCUCCUUGGCCCCAAAGGCCCACCUGGUAUUCCUGGACCCCCGGGAGUCCGAGGCAUGGAUGGUCCCCAUGGUCCCAAAGGGAGCUUGGGACCCCAGGGAGAGCCAGGACCUCCUGGACAACAGGGCACUCCUGGAACCCAGGGUCUCCCCGGGCCCCAGGGUGCCAUUGGGCCUCAUGGAGAGAAGGGUCCUCGAGGGAAACCAGGGCUCCCUGGCAUGCCUGGCUCAGAUGGACCGCCGGGUCACCCAGGAAAGGAAGGUCCUCCUGGAACUAAAGGAAACCAGGGUCCAUCUGGACCUCAGGGUCCUCUAGGAUACCCGGGACCUCGAGGUGUCAAGGGUGUGGAUGGAAUUCGUGGUCUGAAGGGUCAUAAGGGUGAAAAGGGCGAGGAUGGCUUUCCUGGGUUCAAAGGGGACAUGGGCGUGAAAGGUGACAGGGGAGAGGUUGGAGUUCCUGGUUCCAGGGGAGAAGACGGUCCCGAGGGGCCGAAGGGACGCACUGGACCCACUGGAGACCCUGGCCCCCCCGGGCUCAUGGGUGAAAAGGGCAAGCUGGGUGUUCCUGGUCUGCCUGGCUACCCUGGACGCCAGGGUCCCAAGGGGUCCCUGGGAUUUCCUGGUUUUCCUGGUGCCAGUGGAGAGAAGGGAGCCCGGGGCCUGUCGGGGAAGUCAGGGCCUCGGGGAGAGCGGGGCCCCACGGGUCCCCGGGGUCAGCGGGGACCCCGAGGUGCCACUGGGAAGUCUGGCGCUAAGGGAACAUCAGGUGGUGAUGGCCCCCAUGGGCCCCCCGGAGAAAGGGGUCUCCCUGGACCUCAAGGCCCCAAUGGAUUUCCUGGCCCCAAAGGACCUCCGGGUCCCCCUGGGAAGGACGGGCUGCCAGGACACCCAGGCCAGAGAGGAGAAGUGGGUUUCCAAGGGAAGACUGGCCCCCCUGGCCCUCCAGGGGUGGUGGGACCUCAGGGUGCAGCAGGAGAAACCGGGCCCAUGGGGGAGAGAGGUCACCCCGGCCCCCCAGGUCCCCCGGGAGAGCAGGGACUGACUGGAACAGCUGGAAAAGAAGGAACGAAGGGUGACCCUGGUCCCCCAGGGGCUCCAGGGAAGGAUGGACCUGCUGGUCUGAGGGGCUUCCCAGGGGAGAGAGGCCUCCCCGGCACUGCCGGUGGAUCCGGUUUGAAGGGAAACGAAGGUCCGGCCGGUCCCCCUGGCCCUGCAGGCUCCCCUGGGGAGCGAGGUGCAGCAGGAUCUGGGGGACCCAUUGGCCCCCCGGGGCGCCCAGGCCCACAGGGUCCCCCUGGAGCCGCAGGAGAGAAAGGUGUCCCGGGUGAGAAGGGCCCCGUUGGUCCAACUGGCCGAGAUGGGGUACAGGGUCCUGUGGGGCUCCCUGGUCCUGCUGGACCCCCGGGUGUGGCAGGAGAGGAUGGAGACAAGGGUGAGGUGGGAGACCCCGGACAGAAGGGCACUAAAGGGAAUAAAGGUGAACAUGGCCCUCCUGGACCCCCUGGACCCCUUGGUCCUGUGGGGCAACCUGGAGCAGCGGGAGCAGAUGGGGAGCCCGGAGCUCGGGGACCCCAGGGACACUUUGGAGUCAAAGGUGAUGAAGGAACAAGAGGAUUCAAUGGGCCCCCAGGUCCCAUUGGCCUACAGGGUUUGCCAGGCCCCUCGGGUGAGAAAGGAGAAACAGGAGAUGUGGGCCCUAUGGGACCACCCGGCCCCCCAGGACCUCGAGGCCCAGCUGGACCCAAUGGAGCUGAUGGUCCGCAAGGUCCCCCGGGAGGUGUUGGGAACCUGGGUCCCCCUGGAGAGAAGGGGGAGCCAGGAGAGUCAGGAGCUCCAGGGGUCCAGGGUGAGCCAGGUGUCAAGGGCCCACGUGGGGAGCGUGGGGAGAAAGGAGAGUCGGGGCAGCCAGGAGAGGCAGGACCACCAGGGCCUAAAGGCCCCACCGGUGAUGAUGGCCCCAAAGGGAACCCUGGUCCUGUUGGUUUUCCUGGUGAUCCCGGCCCUCCUGGAGAAGGUGGCCCUCGGGGCCAGGAUGGUGCGAAGGGUGACCGAGGAGAGGACGGCGAGCCAGGACAGUCUGGAUCCCCUGGUCCCACUGGGGAGAAUGGACCCCCUGGACCACUUGGAAAGCGGGGUCCUGCUGGCUCGCCUGGUCCUGAGGGGCGGCAAGGAGAGAAGGGAGCCAAGGGGGAUCCUGGUGCUGUGGGUGCCCCAGGGAAGACAGGUCCUGUGGGUCCAGCAGGCCCAGCAGGGAAACCUGGUCCUGAUGGUCUAAGGGGACUCCCGGGCUCAGUGGGUCAGCAAGGCCGUCCUGGGGCCACAGGCCAGGCGGGGCCUCCAGGUCCUGUGGGGCCCCCGGGGCUUCCUGGCCUUCGAGGUGAUGUUGGAGCCAAGGGCGAGAAGGGUCACCCAGGUCUCAUCGGACUGAUCGGGCCCCCUGGGGAGCAGGGAGAGAAGGGUGAUCGGGGACUUCCUGGCCCUCAGGGCUCUGCUGGACAGAAGGGAGAGACGGGUAUCCCGGGAGCAUCUGGUCCUAUUGGUCCUGGAGGGCCUCCUGGCCUCCCCGGACCUGCUGGCCCCAAAGGAGCCAAAGGAGCCACAGGCCCAGCUGGACCCAAGGGAGAGAAGGGCAUCCAGGGUCCUCCAGGACACCCGGGCCCCCCGGGCGAGGUGAUCCAGCCCCUGCCCAUCCAGAUGCCCAAGAAGACUCGGCGCUCGGUGGACGGAAGCCGCCUUAUGCAGGAGGAUGAGGCCAUACCGACUGGGGGGGCUCCGGGCAGUGCUGGGGGGCUGGAGGAGAUCUUUGGCUCUCUUGACUCCCUGCGGGAGGAGAUUGAGCAGAUGAGGCAGCCGACAGGGACCCAGGACAGCCCCGCUCGCACCUGCCAGGACCUGAAGCUCUGCCACCCGGAGCUGCCUGACGGAGAGUACUGGGUCGACCCCAACCAGGGCUGUGCUCGGGAUGCCUUCCGGGUUUUCUGCAACUUUACAGCGGGGGGGGAAACAUGUGUGACCCCCAGGGAUGACGUCACGCAAUUCUCUUACGUGGACUCAGAAGGCUCCCUGGUCGGUGUGGUCCAGCUCACCUUCCUGCGGCUCCUCAGCGUCUCAGCCCACCAAGAUGUCUCGUACCCCUGCUCUGGGGUGGCCCAAGAUGGUCCCCUGAAGCUCCGGGGGGCCAAUGAGGAUGAGCUGAGCCUGGAGACCAGCCCCUAUGUCAAGGAAUUCAGAGACGGCUGUCAGACACAGCAAGGCCGGAUGGUGCUGGAGGUGCGGACACCGGUGGUGGAGCAGCUCCCAGUGCUGGACGCCUCCUUCUCAGACCUGGGGGCCCCCCCUCGGCGGGGAGGGCUGCUGCUGGGGCCCGCCUGCUUCAUGGGCUAG